UUAAUAAAGUUUUUAGUUUGAAUUGAACUUCAUUUGCAAAAAGAUGGCGUCGGUUUUUGUGUUGGCUCUGGCCCUAUUCGCAGCUACAGCGUCAGCCAACCCCGCUCGCAUCAUCGGGGGCAGUUCGACCUCUAUUGAGACCUGGCCUUCCAUCGUGCAGGUGGAGUCGACCGUCGGCGGCAUCUUCUGGUCCCACCACUGCGCUGGUAGCAUCCUCAACUCCGUAUCCAUCCUCUCUGCGGCCCAUUGCUUCGCUGGAACUGGAUACGAUGCAUCCAACCGCCGUAUCAGGGCUGGAUCCAGCACUCUUGAGUCCGGUAUCAUCCUCUACGUAGCUCAAGAGAACAACCACCCUAGCUACGGCCAGAAUGGCAACGAUGGUGACAUCACGGUCGUGAGGCUGAGCUCAGCUCUCAUCUUCAGCUCCACCAUCGCGGCUGGGUCCAUCGUCGCUGCUGGCACCACCAUCCCUGGUAACCUGCCCGUGACCAAGCUCGGAUGGGGAAUUACCGCGGUCGGCGGAGACCGUGCUGAGGAGCUCCAAUCCAUCCAAGUGCUGACCCUCGACAACUCAGUCUGCGCUUCCAACUACGCCACCCUCUCAUCCUCUCCCCAAGUCACCUCUAACAUGAUCUGCGCCGGUUCCUCCACUGCUGAUGCUUGCGUGGGUGACGGUGGUGGCCCUGUCUACUUCGGAAACAUCAUCAUCGGUGUCAUCUCCUGGGGCAACGGCUGUCUUCAGGAUGGCUUCCCUGGCGUCAACACCGCCGUCUCUCCUUACACUCCUUGGAUUGUGGCCACCACUUCAUCUAAUGUUUGUCAUCAACGUUUAGUUGUUGAAGGAAGUGUUAAGAUGGCGUCCUCGUUGGUGUUAAUUUUUGCCCUGUUUUUGGCUGCAGCCCAAUCAGCCCCCGAGCGUAUUGUGGGAGGCACCACGACCGUCAUCGAGAACUACCCGUCCAUAGUGCAGGUGGAAUUCAGAACUGGCAUCUUAUGGGGCCAGAGCUGUGCUGCUAACAUCUUGAACACGCGCUACGUGCUAUCUGCUGCUCACUGCUUUAGUGGACUGUUCUUCUCAGUCCGCAACCGCCGUAUCAGAGCUGGCACCACAAACCGCAACAAUGGGGGCACCACCAUCUCAGUAGACGCAGUCUUCAACCACCCCACCUGGGGCAGUCUGGACAAUGAUGGUGACAUCACUGUUGUGAGGCUGUCUUCAGCGCUGGUUUACAGCGACAGGAUCCAGCAAGUGGCUAUCGUCAACCAGGGUUGGGAGGCGCCCGAUAACUCCCCUGUGGUGCACGCUGGAUGGGGUACCAUUAGUUCCGGCGGAUUAGCAUCAGCCCUCCUUCGUCACGUGGAAAUCAACACAAUCAACCGGGAGCUGUGUCGCGCAAGGUACGCUCCUCGGCCCAGGUCUUCAAUCACUGACAACAUGAUCUGCGCUGGAGUCUUAGACGUCGGAGGCCGGGACGCCUGCCAGGGAGACUCUGGUGGACCCCUGUACUUCCAAGGCAUCCUGAUCGGAGUGGUUUCCUGGGGCAGAGGAUGUGCUGAUGCCUUCUACCCUGGAGUUAGCGCUGCGGUUUCACCUUACACCGACUGGAUCUUGGCUACUGCUGUUUAAUAAAGUUUUUGAACUUU